GUUCAUCUGACGCUCAAAAUGCGCACACUGAGUCCGAUCUUGCUCGCCCUGCUCUCAGGCGCCUAUGGGGCAAAUGCAGUAAACUGCAACCCUCACCAGCUUCGUUCAGAGGAUGAACAUUCCGGAACCCAGCUUGCCGAAGAGCUUCUUGGAGCCUUAGGUACCAUCUCGGAAGGUCUAUGCAAAGAAAAUUCGGUUAAGCGCGAUGUCGACACCCGAGUCUUCGAAUACGACUCUUUGGUCUUUACCAUAUCGCAAGAAGACUCAAAAUACGCCGUCACAGAUUGCAGCGCUCCAUUUUCCGAUAUCAUCUCUGAAUGCAUUUCCGAAGCUAGCUAUUGGGGUGGAAGCACUUCUUUCCAAGGCCUCAAGUAUGAGAUAUACAACAAGGAAUACCCCGCCAAUGUUAUAGGCACAGCGACACUGGUGGCACGAGCGAGGACUACCAAGAAAACCACUACGAAAGCAUCCUCGACUAAAACUACUUCCUCAGCCAAGACUUCAAGCAGUACGAGUAAGACUACGUCCUCAUCGAAGACUUCCAGCAGCACUAGUAAGACAACUUCCUCAUCGACAACUUCAAGCAGUGCCAGCAAACCGACUUCCUCAUCAAGGUCUUCAAGUAGCGCUAGCAACUCAGCUUCCUCGUCGAAGUCGUCUAGUAGCACCCGCAAUUCUGCUUCAACCACAGCGUCUUCGAGUGGUUCGAGCAAGUCUUCGUCGAUAACAAGAUCUUCAAGCGGUAGCGGCGUCUCUUCUUCGACAACAAAGUCUGCCAGCGCCACAGGCAACUCGAGCUCCACGACAAGAUUCUCGAGCUCUGCAUCCAAGACUUCAUCCCUGUCCGCUUCUUCCAGUCCUUCUAUCCUGGGAUGUAAGCCAAGGAGGAGGACAUCGACCACGUCUAAGAGAUCAGAACCAACUGAGGUCUCUGCCCCCCGCCACGCCCGCGACUUCUCCGUUUCGAAGUCUUCCACAAGUCAGAUCUUCAGGCGCGCCGGGCCUCCCCCUCCUCAAUGCCAGGACGAUAAUGCUGGAGAAGACCAGGGUUGCUUUACUGUUCAAGAUGCAUCUGGCAAUGCUGUGCACUUCGCGCUUCCAGCUGGAACCACCGAUUUCGGGGGUGGCCUUGGAGCCGGCGAGUUCGGAGGCGUUACGCAAUGCAUCCGCAAGGACGGAGAGGACAUUGCCGUCAAAGUAUACAAAAACGCCAAUUCCAAGGGAGCAGAGAAAAGCUUCAAUGUUCUCAAGUUGCUGACCGGAAGCGGGAACAUCGUGAAAGCAUUUGGACAAGGUAAAGUACAAGGGAAGCCGGCCUUGGCUAUGGAGAAUUUGGGCGGCGGUAGCGUCAAGUCGCGGAUCCCGUCGGGAGAAUGGAAAGGAAAGGCCAAUGAGAGACAGUUCAAGGCGGUUGCACAAGGGAUCCUCAACGGAGUCUCGGACAUGCACGCCAAACAGAUUGCGCACAUUGAUAUCCACGAAGGAAAUGUCGCUUUCGACGGCGAUAAACCGAAAUUCGUCGACUUUGACUUCGCGUGCCAAAACCAGGACUGCCUGAAUUGGGUUCCGGCAGAUGGGCGUGCUCCUCCUGAGGCCAUUGAGGACACUAAAGCGGUGAUGGACUUUUUUAAUAAAGGAGGACCUCCUCCACCUAAAUUGUACAUCAACCCUUUUGCCAACGACGUGUGGACGACCGCGACUAUGCUCAUCUACAUGACGACUGGCUCCAAGACUCCAGCCACAAACAGUAAUCGUGCAUUUAAGAACGCGUGGAGUGAACUAGAUCUGAGCAAGCGCACUACACUUCUUUUCAAGGUCUUCACCAAGGAGAACUUCUCGUACGAGUUUGUCGAAUUGCUUGCAGGUGUCUUCACGAAAGAAGAAAACCGAAUCAAGAUCAAUGAGUUCCGCGAUAGGUUCCGCGAUUUGGACAGUAUCUACUGUUAA